AUGUGCCUUCAGCAAACAGCCACAGCUGGGGGCUUUUCAGCCACCCAUGUGCCUUCAACAAACAGCCACAGCUGGGGGCUUUUUGUCACAAAUUCGCUCUGCCUCUCCUCCAUCUUCUCCUUCUGGUACCCCCAGACCCUCCCUAUUGCACCAUUGCGAGGAGCCCCGGUGAGCCCCGAGAUCGCAGCCUUGGCGGGGAGGCGAGCGGGUUCCAUGCAAAACCCCGGCGAGGAGACUGGUUGGGCGAGCCCCACGCCCGCCGCUGACGCCGGCGCCCACCCGCGCCCCGCAGCACCCAAGGGUGCACCUGCCCGCCCGAGGAUGCUGCAGGACAGCGGCCCUCCGGGGCCACCCACCCAGCCCGAGGCCGGUGUCUGCUCGCUGGCCUUGCCCUCGGACCGGCAGCUGGACGAGCGUGGCCGGGAGGCGGCCGAGGCCCAGCGGCUGCGCAGCGCCCGCGUCCAGGAGCAGGUCCGCAUCCGCAUGAUGCUGCGGGGGCAAGCGCCAGCCCGCCCCGACGACCUCGCCGACGGCACCAGAGGUGGUCAGUACAGCUCGACCCUGCGCUCCUCCUUCAGCUCCCGCUCCCAGAGCAAUGGCGUGGACCCCAAAGCCUCGGUACCCCCGCCGAGCCGCACCAUCCGCGCCCCCGCCAUGCGCACGCUGCAGCGCUUCCAGAGCAACAACCGCUCGCGCCUCAGCACCGGCUCCUUCGGCACGGUGCCGGCGGGAGGCAGCGGCGCCUUCCUGGGGCUGGGGGAGCACAGCUCCCGCGCCCCCUCCGUGCGCAGCCUGGCCGAGUCCGGCCAUCACCUGGCGGAGCCGCGCGCCAUGGAGAUGUACAACGGGCACAGCACGCUGCUCGGGCACCACGCCGGAGGGUUUGACGACAUCGACCUGCCCUCAGCAGUGAAGUACCUGAUCGCCAGUGACCCCAACCUGCAGGUGCUGGGCGCUGCCUACCUGCAGCACAAGUGCUACAGUGACAGCAGCGCCAAGAAGCAGGCCCGCAGCCUGCAGGCCAUGCCCAAGCUGGUGAAGCUGUUCAACAGCCCGAACCAGGAGGUGCAGCGCCACGCCACCGGCGCCAUGCGCAACCUCAUCUACGACAACGCCGAGAACAAGCUGGCGCUGGUGGAGGAGAACGGCAUCUACGAGCUGAUGCGCACCCUGCGGGAGCCCGACGACGAGCUCCGCAAGAACGUCACAGGGAUCCUGUGGAAUCUGUCCUCCAGUGACAACCUGAAGGAUCGCCUGGCCCGGGACACGCUGGAGCAGCUCACAGACCUGGUCCUGGUCCCUCUCUCCGGGCUGGGGGGCUCGGGUGUCAUCCAGCAGAACCCCUCAGAGGCAGAGAUCUUUUAUAACUCCACAGGCUUCCUCAGGAACCUGAGCUCUGCCAGCCAGCAGACCCGGCAGAAGAUGCGUGAGUGCCACGGGCUGGUGGACUCCAUGAUCCACUACGUGAACAGCUCCCUGGAGGUGGGGAAGUCGGAGGACAAGAGCGUGGAGAACGCUGUCUGUGUCCUGCGCAACCUCUCCUACCGCCUGUACGACGAGAUGCCCCCGUCCUCGCUCCAGCGCCUCGAGGGCCACCGGAGGAACGCGGGCGGCACGGUGACGGGGGAGCUGGUGGGCUGCUUCAGCCCCCAGAGCAAGAAAGCCCGGGAGCACUACCUGAACGCAGACAUCGUCACCUUCACGGAGGUCUCCAAGGACCCCAAGGGCAUGGAGUGGCUCUGGAACCCGCAGAUCGUGGGCAUCUACAACCGGCUGCUGCAGCGUUGCGAGCUCAACAAGCACACGACGGAGGCGGCCUCGGGCGCCCUGCAGAACAUCACGGCCGGGGACCGCAGGUGGGCGGGCGUGCUGAGCCGGCUGGCGCUGGAGCAGGAGCGCAUCCUGAACCCCGUGCUGGACCGCGUGCGCACCGCCGACCACCACCAGCUGCGCUCCCUCACCGGCCUCAUCCGCAACCUGUCCCGCCACGCCCGCAACAAGGACGAGAUGUCCACCAAGGUGGUCAGCCACCUGAUCGAGAAGCUGCCCGGGAGCGUUGGGGACAAGGCCCCGCCCGCCGACGUCAUCGUGAACAUCAUCGCGGUGCUCAACAACCUGGUGGUGGAGAGCCCCAUGGCCGCCCGCGACAUCGUCUACUUCGACGGCCUCCGGAAGCUCUUCUUCAUCAAGAAGCGACGGGACAGCUCGGACAACGAGAAGUCCUCCCGAGCCGCCGCCAGCCUCCUGGGAAACAUGUGGCAGUACACCAAGCUCCACCGGGACUUCAAGAUGAAGGGGUACCGGAAGGAGGAUUUCCUCAGCCUCUGAGGACACCCUGGGAGCUGGAAUGCCUCGCUGGGAUGCUCCGUGCUGCCAGCCGUGCCGUGGGGAUGCUGCUUGCUGCCAGACCCCCGCUCCAUAGCCAAAUCCCUACAUCCCGUGCACCUCCCCCCUUUGCCAGGUCCCCUUCCCUGGCUGGGGGACACUUCUCCUCCCUCCUGCCCAGCCUUAAAGCCAGCAGCUGCUUUUGGAUCAGCUGUGGGACCCCACUGGGACUCCAGUUAUGGGGGGCUGCCCCAUGGCACCCCUUGGGGGCCCUCCCCACUCUCAGGCAGCUGUCUGCAAAACUUGGCUUGUCCUGCAGCUUGACGGGGGGCAGGAGCUGCAGGGAUUUGGGAAGGCUCCUGCAGAGCAGUUCUGGGGCAAAGGGGCUUUUGUGGGUGCUUCAUCCCAGCUCCCUGGGCCAGGGGGGUGUCCGUGCCCUGUGCCAGCGUGGGAUGUACUGUGGGUUACACUUUUGUUCUGCCCUGGCUGGGUGGGGAUGGGGCUUUGCAUGGCUUGGGGGCUUGGAGGGCUCUGAGGUGGCUUCCCACAGUUCAUGGGGUGGCACAGCGCCUGCAGGGAGCUGGGAAAUGCUGUGACAGCGCUGCAUUCCCCCUUUGCUGCAUAGGGCAGGCGGGGGGUUGUGUCUGAUGGGGCUGCCUGCGCCCUCACUGCGGGAAGCCUGGCAGGCCUCAGGGCCCCAUCUGUCACCCUGUGGGGACUGUCCCAGUGUGACAGAGCCGCUGCUGUCGCUCCUCACCAGCUGCUGCCAGGGCUGGGCCCUGCUGGCGCAGCAGGAUCCGGGCAGGGCCGUGUUUGCUGAGCAGCAUCACCCCAUGGGUGGGGAGAUGUCCCCAGUGCUGGGUGCAGACGGGUCCAAAGCUCUCUGUGCCACAGUGGUGGCUGGGAGGGGACACUCGGGUGGGCUGGGGGUGGCUUUGGGCUGUUGGUGGAUUUGGGGGGCACGGGGCACCCCGGGGGGAUGAUGUAGAGUAGGUAGAGGGGUGGAGGGGCUGGAGGGGCCCCCACGGUGAGUGGCACUGGUGCAGUCACAGCUCGAGGUCACAGGGUGUUUGGCUCUGCAGCUCUCUGUGUACAACUCCCCCAGCCCUGUGUAACCCCUGAAAUAAAGGCCUUGAGUGAUGCCCA